AUGUCUUCGAAACAAAAUGACACGAAUGUUUACUUUAAUACAUGCAUAGACCUGCCACCGCGGGUGAAUUCCGAGGUACCAUGGUGGAAAAUUACAAAUUCAAACACGAGUUUAGCAAAUCCUUUGCCAGUGUUGCAGAUGUUGCAGAUGCAAAUGUGUUUGAUCUUUUUCGCAACUCUUUUGCUUAAAUCGAUCUUGUCUCGUUUUGGAAUCCACAGGUUCACUUCUAUGAGCAUUGUUGGUCUUAUCUUCGCAGCAACAUUCGAUAAAGAGUGGACGAAAACGAUGAAGACAAUGUUCUUCUUUGAUUCACAGGAAAAUCUAGGACUAAUUUCAAUAUUUGGUUACAUGAUGUUCCUGUUUUACAUUGGAGUAAAAACAGAUAUGAGUGUAGUCCAUAAAACUAGGAGUGGUACCACCAACCUUGGUGCUUUAGCUAUAAUGGCUCCUUUUCUAUGUGGCAUGGCUACUCUAAGUUUUUUCUCAUCAAAACACCUUCAAUCUGACGAAACAAAAAUACUUGGAGUUGUCAUUGGAUUGUUCUCUAUGACCCCUUUCCCUGUAAUCUCCUCAACUUUGAGUGAUCUCAAGAUCCUGAACUCUGAAUUGGGUCGAAUCGGGCAAUCAGCGUCAUUAGUCAGUGAAGUUUUCAGCGUGUUCAUAGUAUCAACACUAACAUUUGGUAAAUUAUACGAAAAUUAUGGUUUAGCGAGAGCGUUGAUUUGCGCUGUGGCUGCUAUCUUGUUUAUACUCUUGGUUAUAUUCAUUAUCCGACCGUCCAUGUUUUGGAUUAUAAAACAGACACCAGAAGGUUAUCAUGUGAGUGAUAACUAUGUUUAUAGCGUACUCAUAUUAGCCUUGUUAUCAUCCUAUGCUUCAUCUAGAUUUGGAUUUUUCUCACUCUUUGGACCUUUUGUAUUGGGAAUGGCUAUUCCUGAAGGACCUCCGUUAGGCACUGCUAUUAUUAAGAAAAUUGAUACUUUUGUUAAUGGGAUUUUCAUGCCAACGUUUGUGACAACAUGUGCAAUGAGGGUAGAUUUUAAAGACUUGUUGUGUUGGACAAAUAAAGUUGAUGGAAGUGUUGAUUAUUUUAUGGUGCAAGCUUUGGUUAUUGUUACGGUUUGUUUUGUUUCUAAAUUUGUUGCUUGUAUGAUACCUCCUUUACGCAGCGAAAUGCCAGUGAGUCAUGCUGUUUCUUUAUCUUUGAUUAUGAAUAGCAAAGGCAUUGUUGAAAUGGCUGCACUCUCUGUGGUCAGAGAUACUACGGAGCUACCUAAUAACAUAUUUUCCUUAUUAAUGGUAUGCAUCAUAGUAAACACCAGUAUGAUUCCAAUACUGUUGGGUUAUAUGUAUGAUCCAACAAAGAAGUACACAGGUUACACAAAGAGAAACAUAGCAGAUAUGAAAAGUAACUCAGAACUUAGAGUUUUAGCAUGUAUUCACAGGCCCGACAACAUUCCAGCGACGAUAAAUCUUCUUGAAGCAUCAUAUCCAACAAAAGAAGGACCGAUAUGCACAUACGCACUUCAACUGAUUGAAUUAAUAGGAAGAGCUUCUCCUAUAUUCAUCAGCCACGAACUUCAAAAAAAGAAGAAAUCAAACACAAACACGUCGAUGGCAGAGAAGCUUCUAGAAUCAUUUCAAAUAUUCGAAAAUGAGUUCAAAGGUUGUUUAGUCGUCAACACAUUCACAGCCAUAUCACCAGCCGAAAUGAUGUAUGAUGAUAUCUGUACAUUAGCACUCGACAAAUUUACAUCACUUAUCAUUCUUCCUUUCCAUAGAAAAUGGUCGUGCGACGGUAACUCGGUGGAGUUGGAAGACGAGUCGUUGAGGGACUUGAACUUCCGAGUUAUGGAAAGAGCACCGUGUGGGAAAGAUGAUAGAGAAGCACUUAUUUUCACAAAGAGAAUGACUAAGAAUCCACAUGUUAAGCUAACAGUGGUUAGAUUCAUGAGUUUGGAACCUGGUUCAAAGACUUGGGAGGGUUUACUUGAUAAUGAGUUGCUGAAUGAAAUAAAAACAAACAAUAAAGUUGGUGAUGCUUAUGUAAAAUAUGUUGAGGAAACAGUGAAAGAUGGACCUGAAACAAUAUUGAUAAUUCGGUCUUUGGUAACUGAAUUUGAUUUGAUUGUUGUUGGGAGACAAGCUGGGAUUGAAACACCUCAAACUUGUGGAUUGUUGCAAUGGAGUGAGUAUCCUGAACUUGGUGUUUUGGGAGAUUUGUUGGCUUCUACUGAUGCUGCUGGUAAAGCAUCUGUCUUUAUUAUACAACAACAAAGAACAGCUAUGGAUAUUUAA